UGGAUAAGGUCCUUGUCCCUCAGCUGUGACAGACGCCACACAGCUAGCUGUUUCGAAAAUGAAACUGGCUCGUGUUUGAGUUCGAGAGGCAGCCAAAAGAAAACGAAAUCAAGACGGGUAUUAGAAUAAAAAGAAUCCCGCGGGGAAUUACUGCUUCAACCUGGCACAGUGGAGGCAGAAGAACCCAACGCUGGAGAUGUUGAGUAAACACCAGAGCUGGAUAGGACUCACUGUACUGCAAUGGAGCCUGUAGCAGUGGGCUCAGCUACUUGGUGAGACUGAAGCUUCUGUCACUAUGGCGCACUUUGACACAGAGUACCAGCGCCUGGAGGCGUCCUACAGCGACUCUCCCCCUGGAGAGGAGAACCUGCUGAUGCAUGUACCUGAAGGAGCCAAAUCCCACUGGCACCACAUAGAAAACCUGGACCUGUUUUUCCAGAGAGUCUAUAAUCUGCACCAGAAGAAUGGAUUCACCUGUAUGCUACUGGGAGAGAUCUUUGAGCUGGUUCAGUUACUGUUUGUGGUUGGCUUCACAGUAUUCCUAGCUAACUGUGUGGACUAUGACAUACUCUUUGCCAACAAGUUUGUAAAUCACACUGAUUCAUCUAAAGUCACCUUGCCUGAUGCCUUCCUCCCAGUGGAUGUCUGCAGUGCCCGUAUCCGAGAUAAUGCAUUUGUGAUCUUCGUGCUGAUAAUCUCUGGGGUGUUUUGGCUACAUCGCCUGGUCAAAUUCCUCUACAACGUCUGCUGCUACUGGGAGAUCCGAUCCUUCUACAUCAACGCACUGAAGAUGACCAUGUCAGAACUCCCCUAUGCAACAUGGCAGGAGGUUCAGGCCAGGAUAGUGGAGAUCCAGAAAGAGCAUCAGAUCUGCAUCCACAAAAAAGAACUGACGGAGCUUGACAUUUACCACCGCAUCCUCCGCUUUAAAAACUACAUGGUUGCCAUGGUGAAUAAAUCACUCCUUCCUGUGCGAUUUCGACUUCCUACACUUGGGGAGUCUGUGUUUUACACUCGGGGUCUCAAAUACAACUUUGAGCUCAUCUUCUUUUGGGGGCCAGGCUCUCUGUUUGAGAAUGAGUGGAGCCUGAAACCAGAGUACAAGAGAGGAGGUAACAGGCUUGAGCUGGCAGACAGGCUAGCAUCCCGUAUCCUGUGGAUCGGGAUUGCCAAUCUGCUGCUGUGUCCAGUCAUUCUGGUAUGGCAGAUUCUCUAUGCCUUCUUUAGUUAUACAGAGGUGAUCAAGCGAGAGCCUGGUUCUUUGGGAGCGAGGUGCUGGUCUCUGUAUGGUCGAUGUUACCUGCGGCACUUCAAUGAGUUGGACCAUGAGCUCAUGUCGCGCCUCAGCAAAGGCUACAAGGCUGCAUCCAAGUAUAUGAACUGUUUCCUCUCACCACUUCUGACAGUGGUUGCCAAAAAUGUAGCGUUUUUUGCCGGGUCUCUCCUGGCUGUCCUCAUCGCCCUGACUAUCUAUGACGAGGAUGUUCUCGCAGUGGAACAUGUACUCACAUCAAUCACUCUGCUUGGAGUGUGUAUCACAGUCUGCAGAUCAUUUAUUCCAGAUAAGCACAUGGUGUUUUGUCCUGAGCAGCUGUUGAGGGUUAUCCUGGCUCAUAUCCACUACAUGCCUGACCACUGGCAGGGCAAUGCACAUAGAUAUGAGACUCGUGACCAGUUCUCCCAGCUCUUCCAGUACAAAGCAGUGUUUAUUCUAGAGGAGCUGAUAAGUCCAGUGGUGACUCCCAUCAUCCUGAUCUUCUGCCUGAGGAGAAAGUCCCUGGAGAUCAUUGACUUCUUCAGGAACUUCACUGUGGAGGUGGUUGGGGUUGGAGACACUUGCUCCUUUGCCCAGAUGGACAUCAGACAGCAUGGACACCCUGCGUGGAUGUCAGCGGGGAAGACAGAGGCAUCUAUCUACCAACAGGCAGAGGAUGGGAAGACAGAGUUGUCUCUGAUGCACUUUGCCAUCACCAAUCCCCAGUGGCAGCCUCCUCAGGAGACCACACAAUUCAUCAGCCAGCUAAAGGAGCGAGUUCACAGAGAGGCCACAGGGGCUGCUUCGGACACACAUCCACUCUCACUGUCUGAGUCUGAGCCAAGGAGCCUCAUUGCAAACCUCUUGGUAGGUCCCUCUACGCUGGCCUCCGUUCAUUUCAGCAGCUCUUUGACCAAUCAUGCAGCAGCUGGCUCAAGCGAUGGGGCGUCUGCCUUACGCUCCCUUUCCCCAAUCAGCAGCAGUUUUCACCUGAGAGGCAGCUUGAGUGCAGCUAACAGGGCUUCUGGUCACACUUCAACUAUGAGCAAAGCAAUGGCAGGCUCUGGGACGGAUGCCCGGACUGUGAGCUCAGGCAGCAGUGCAUGGGAGGGUCAACUCACCAGUUUGGUCCUCUCAGAGUAUGCCUCCACUGAGAUGAGCAUCCAUGCACUUUACAUGCAUGAGUUACACAAGCAGCAGUCACGUGGCGAGCUAUCCCGUCACACAUGGCACAGGCAGGAGAGUGACGAAAGCAGUGACAGUGUCCCCGAUGAAGUGAGAAGCGAACCGAACCCCCACUCCAGACAUUUCCCUCGCUCACACACUUUCCCCACCACAGUUCCCAGUCCCAGUGCCAUUCCCACUUCAUCUUCAGCCAUCAGCAGUACCACCCUGGGCCAGGAGAGGGCUUCAUCGCACAGCAGCAGCCAGCGGCGCUAUAGUGGACCUACCACAGACUCUUUUGGUGCAGGCGGGAAAGUAGUGCGGUCAGCCCGUGGUGUGCCCAUGGGAGGGUGGGCAGAGGAGGGUCAGGCAGCACCACGACACCAUGAGACACUACCAGAGGAGAGCUCAGAGGACGAUAUGCCUCCUCAAAUACACAAGAUUGCAUAAUCAAGCCAUGUCAAUAAGUAUCAUCGUCCCACUCUCCAUAGAAAUCCAAACACACAUCCUCGUCCUUGACCAAACCUUUUCUCCAGGAUUGACCAUCUGAUCUGACACAGAUGAAAAUGAACCAGAGCGGUAUACCAUGAUACAAACUAGAAACACUUAACUAGCGAAAUCAUCUGGACAAGUUACGACUGAUGCCACCGUCAACCAUUCAAAGAUACUUCAUGACUUACAUGCCUAAACAGGCAAACAGGGUAAAUAUCCGAAUUUGUGUAUCAGAAGAGGACCUACAAGAUCAAGUUUUUUCUAAUAGCCAGUGAUGACAUCAGAUUACACUACUCUUUUAUAACGCCACGAAAGGUCAUGUGUUGCUGGGAUGUAAACAAAAGUUCUUCACUUCAAUUCUACUGGAUGCAUCCUUCGCACUAUGCCGCUGUUGCUGUAGAAAAAUACUCAACAGUUUGCCCAAAAUCGGAUCACGAUAAUCCUAAUUGUGCUAUCUGUAUUGUUUCCCUCUUUUACAAAUCAUAUGGCAUGACAGGUGAAAUUUGAAGAAUGUAUGGUGUCUCUAACAAUAACAGCAUUCACCAAAAUGUGUUCAGAAAGAUGCUGUUAACAAAAUGACUUUCGUUGUGUGUAUCUGUUAUUGAACCAGUAGCAGGAGGUUAUGUAUCCUACCCUGUGCUCUGUGUUUCAGCUUGCAUUCUGCCUCUUCUCAAGACAUGUGAAGGCUUCAAAUAGUAUCAAAGUCACCAGACAUUUUUAAAUAACAUUUACUCCUUAGGGAUUUUUUUUAAAACUCUUUCAGCAUUUAUUGCAUUACAAAGUUCAUGUGGAUUUUCUAAAAUGUUCUGAAAUUUGGCUGGCUCAGUUUGCAGAGAUAGAUGCUUGUUUAAAAGAUAAUUGUACAGCAUAGCCCGGUAUUCUGCACGCACACAUGCACUCUGUAACAAAAUGUUAUUUCACAGCAAUCAUUCAGAAUAUUAUAAGGCCAACGUUUUGUGAUGUGUGACCAGACAUGCUGUAAGCAAGCAAAUUUUUAUCUGAUCUAACCCAGGUUUUAAUUGUUUACCAUACAUUAUUUUUCAAUAGACUUGCAAAAAGGUGCAGCAAAUAAACAAAGCUGUUUUAAGCAUGUAAUAUUGACAUCUGUGCCAUACAAAAAACCCUCAAGUGCAUGCCCAUCAUCCAUACAUUCUUCUAAAGAGUAACUCAUUCCACAUUAAUGUUGUCCCUCCACAUCCUGCUUAAUCACAGCAUGACUUUCCCAUGUUCUCCCUGUCAUUAAGCCGCAAUUCUAUUCAGAAGUAUGCACUUUAAUUAUCUGUUAAUGCAGAGGGUGUCACUUAACUUGGAUGUUUGUAUGUAUAUGUUUUCGUAUAUAUUUUUGAAUUAUUUUAUUUAUCAAAGGGAUGUGCCAUGAUCAUUGACCGUUGGGAAUAAAGGUUUGGUUUUCUAUUGUGCACUUGGAUGGGGAUACAGAAGCACUGUCGUACUAUAUGGCCGUAACGUUAAUUAAAAUGAGUUAUUGUGUUGGUUAUUUUUGUUUUAUAGAUCCUGUAAAAUACCAUUUUGUACAGUUGUAAAUUCAUCAAUUAAAAACAAAGCAAUGGCUCAA